UAUUCAAUUAAAAAUGUAAAUAUAUCAAAUGUCUUUCCUGAAGAAGAAAGUGCUGAAAAUGCGGAAUCACAGAAAUCUAUAGCUCCACAUAUAACAGAUAAUAAGUCAUCUAAUUUGCAAUCACGAGAAAUUCAGACAGAUACUGUAGAGACAGAAACAGUAGAAGAAUUAAAAAAUCAGUUAGAAACUUUAAUGAAUUCUUUAGCUACUCUUUCAUCAGAGAAAUCUAAAAUGGAAGCAAAUUUUCAAAUGGAUAAGAAACAAUUGAGAAGCGAGAAAGAUGAAUGUGAGAAAAUAAUCAAAGAUUUGAAAGAAAAAUUAAGAAAAGCACAAACUUCAAAUUAUUCAGAAGUUGAACAUAUAAAAUGUAAAUUAAUUAUGGAACGUCAUGAAAAGGAAAAAGAACAAGCAGAUCACGCUAAAAUGUUAAAGGAACUUCAAAAGUUAUUGUAUGACGAGCGUCGAUACAAAGAACAGUUGGAAGCGCAAUUAAAAAGUCAAUUUGCAAACAAAACCCAAUGUAAAAUACUAGAAGCUGAAUUGGAAAUUAUGAGAAAUAAGCUCAAACAGGCUGAAGAAGCAGCUAAAGAAACGCCACCAAUUUUAUUGUCACUUCAAUCUGAAAUGGCUCUUAUGAAGAAACAACAUCUAAAUGCGAUACAUGAAGAGCAAAAACGAGCUACUGCUGCAGAACAACGAGCCAGAGUAUUAGCAAUGACUCAUGAAACCAGAGUAACGGGCUUAGAAGCAAGAUUGGCUGAACUUUCUGAAAUCGUUGGAGGAUAUGAUAAACUCAGACAGCAAGAUCAACAAGCUAUUCAAAAGUUAAAAGACCGAUUAAUUAGUUUACAAGAUUGUGAACGCAAUGAUUGUCUUUCUAUUAACAAUGAACCUGAUGAUAUCAUAUCUAAAAUAAAAAGCUUAUAUACCAAACUGCUAGAUUUGGAUAACAAAAAGAGUGAAUCAGUACAUGUUAAAUCAUUACUAAAUAGUUUAGGUUUAUAUGACAAACAACAGAUUCACGAUUAUAAAGAAAAAUAUGAAAUCCUGCUACAAGAAUUUGAUGAUUAUAAACAGGAUAUAUCUAAAUACAAUGCUUCAAAUAUGUCUCACAAUAUUCAAACUCAAAAUAUGAUGACACACGACAAAAAUAAUAGAACACAGUUACAUAUUUUGAAAGCACACAGCAGCAAUUUAGAAGAAAGAGUACGUAUAUUAAACAACGAGCUUAUGAAUAAAGAAACGGAAUUACAACUGAAGUUAGAUCAACAACAAAAGUAUAUUCAAGAAGAACGAGCAAAAUUGGAACACAUGUUUUUGCAAAAAGACAACGAAUAUCGCAAUAAAAUAUCUUCGUUGGAACAACAAUUAUUACGCCAACGAGAACGUUCAAUGGCAUUAAUCGAGGAAAAGGAUAAAGAAAUUUUAACUUUGAAAACAUCAUUUCAUGCGUUACUACCAAAAAAAGAAAAUCCUUUUAUAGAAAGCAAAGUAGAUAUGCCAAAAUAUGAAAUUCAAGGAGAAACUGCAUCUGAUUUAGUAACAGGAUUAUUAACAAAUGACAGCCCUCCAAUAUUACAUUAUAGUCAGGAAUUAGCAAGGAAAGAAGUGCAAGUCUCGGCUUCUAGGAAAAAGGUUCUAGAAUUGGAAGCUAGUCUGAGGGAAAAGCAAAGGGAAAUGGUUCAUACGAAAGAGAAACAAAAAGAGGAGAUGAAAGCUUUGCAAGCUCAGAUUGCUAGACUUGAAGCUUGCAAAUCCAGAGAAGGCGCCAAUCUCGAAUAUUUGAAGAAUGUUUUUAUAAAUUAUCUGACUACCAAUGAUAUUUCUAGUAAACGGCAUAUGUUGAACGCUAUUUCUACAGUAUUACGCUUUACUGCAGAAGAAUUAAGUAAAGUUAAACCUUCAUCCUGUACUGUCCGAAUUGUUGUCGUCUAUCAAUACGGAACACCUGCCAAAGGAGCAAUGAAGAACCUCCAAGAGUACUUUAUACCUUCUACAUUGUUAUAA